UGUGACAGCCCCCACUGCCCCCCCACAGGCAGCUCACCAUGGCCAACUCCAGCCACAUCCAGUCGGCCGCCUCCAAGAGCAUCCGCCCGUUCCGCUCCAGCGAGGAGUACCUGGAGGCCAUGAAGGAGGACCUGGCCGAGUGGUUCAACACUCUCUACGACCUGGACAUCCAAGUGGACACCUUCCUGGAGAGCCUGGAGACGGGCUGUCACCUCUGCCGCCACGCCAACAACGUCAACCGCACCGCCCUGGACUUCCAGGAGCGGCACCCGGAGGCGGCCGCCCGCAUGCGGGUGCCCCAGAACGAGGUGGUCUUCCAGGCCAAGAACGUGGUGCCUGGCUCCUUCAUCGCCAGGGAUAACGUCUCCAACUUCAUCCAGUGGUGCCGGCAGGACCUGGGCAUCCAGGACGUCCUCAUGUUCGAGACCAAUGACUUGGUGCUGAAGAAGAACGAGAAGAACUUUGUCCUCUGCCUGCUGGAGGUGGCCAGGAGGGGCUCCAAGUUCGGGAUGCUGGCGCCCAUGCUGAUCCAGAUGGAGGAGGAGAUCGAGGAGGAGAUGAGGGACCAAAUGGGCGACGGCGCGCUGGGCACGCGCCGGGAGAGCCGGGACCUCCAGGCGGGCGCCUUCCCCAGCCGGGCCCGGCCCAUCACCCUCUGCGACCUCAAGAACCUGGACGAGCUGGUGAGACACGCGCUCCCCUGGGAGCCCUGUGCCUGGGUGCGGGAGAUCCUGGGCUGCUGCUCCUGCCCCUCGCAAUUCCCCAUGGUCAAGGUGUCCGAGGGGAAGUACAAAGUGGGAGACUCCAACACGCUCAUCUUCGUCCGAGUGCUGAGGAGCCACGUCAUGGUGCGCGUUGGUGGCGGCUGGGACACACUGGAACAUUACCUGGACAAGCACGACCCGUGUCGCUGUGCUGCCCUCUGUGAGUGCCCCCGGGACCCCCCACACCCCCACCCCGUGCUCCCUGCCUUGGUCUGCCAGUCCUUGUUCUCCUUGGGGCCCCAUUCCCUGGUUCUCUUCGGGGUCUGUUCCCUGGCUUUCCACGGGGCUUUGUUCCCUCCUCCUCCAUGGGGUUCUGUUCCGUGGGUCUCCAUUCCCUGAUUCUACAUGGGGCCC